ACGGUGACGUACUUCCGCCCGGUGAGGGGAAGGGUGGGCUCUGUGACCCGGAAGCAGCCGCUGCGCCUCACCAUCCUGUCAGGGCCGCAGCCAUGAAGCCGAUCCUGCUGCAGGGCCACGAGCGCUCCAUCACGCAAAUCAAGUACAACCGCGAGGGAGACCUGCUCUUCACCGUGGCCAAGGACCCCAUUGUCAACGUUUGGUAUUCGGUCAACGGAGAGAGGCUCGGCACCUACAAUGGCCACACGGGAGCCGUCUGGUGCGUGGACGCGGACUGGGACACGCGACAUGUGCUCACUGGCUCUGCAGACAACAGCUGUCGGCUCUGGGACUGUGAAACGGGAAAGCAGCUUGCUCUGGUGAAGACUAGCUCAGCCGUGAGGACAUGUGGCUUUGACUUUGGAGGAAACAUCAUCAUGUUUUCCACAGACAAGCAGAUGGGAUAUCAGUGUUUUGUGAGCUUCUUCGACCUUCGUGACUCCAGCCAGAUUGAGAAAAAUGAGCCUUACAUGAAAAUCCCCUGCAGUGACUCUAAAAUCACAAGUGCUGUGUGGGGCCCUCUGGGAGAAUUCAUCAUUGCAGGACAUGAGAGCGGGGAGCUGAACCAGUUCAGUGCCAAGUCAGGGGAGCAGCUUUCGAACAUCAAGGAGCACACCAAGCAAAUCAAUGAUAUUCAAACCUCCAGGGACAUGACCAUGUUCAUCACUGCCUCCAAGGACAACACAGCCAAGCUAUUUGAUUGCACAACACUUGAGCAUCUGAAGACGUUCCGGACAGAGCGACCAGUGAACUCUGCAGCACUCUCCCCCAUUUUUGAUCAUGUUGUGCUUGGUGGUGGGCAAGAGGCCAUGGAUGUGACCACGACCUCCACCAGGAUUGGCAAAUUUGAGGCGAGGUUCUUCCAUUUGGCUUUUGAAGAAGAGUUUGGCAGAGUGAAGGGUCACUUUGGUCCGAUAAAUAGCGUUGCUUUUCACCCCGAUGGGAAGAGCUACAGCAGCGGUGGUGAGGAUGGCUAUGUUCGCAUCCACUACUUCGAUCCCCAGUACUUUGAGUUUGAAUUUGAAGCUUAAAGGAGCACUUCGUCUCCUCUUCUUUCCUCUUCCACUCCAUUUCCCAAUCCGUCGGCUUCUCUGCAGAACUGUUGUAAGGUCUGAAGUUAGUCUGCUCCACGGGAGGCAGCAGGAAGUGGUCAGCAGCACACGCUGGGGCUGCGCGAAGGUGGUGAACCAGGAGCCAAGCCAGCUCGAAACAGCAGGACUGGCUUUCGCGUGAGGUAGAGUGAAGGCAGGGAAAGGAGUUGGGCUGGCUCCCUGCCUGCUCCUGUGGAUGCUAACUUCCUGCCCUGCUGGGCAUAUUUAUAUAUCAGUGGGGAAAAAAACCAACAGGAAAUAAAUAGAAAUCUUUUGUAAAGACAAUGAAAA